UCUCUGUGAAAAAAAGUGCACUGCUGAAAAAUUGAUAAGCAGCUUCUGUGUUUUUCCUGUCCAACACAUUCUCCUUAAUUGGCUGGUGUGUGCACUAGAACAAAACAGGGACAUUUAUUUCAAGGAGCUGCCUUUCAGGAGUGGAGAUACAACAGACAGACAACCCUGAAGGGAAGGCUGAGAAGACAGAAGCUAUUUGACAAUCACUUCAAUCUUCACAGCUCUUGUUAAACACCUGAGCUUCCCUCACUGACAAUCCAGAGAAAGCACAGGGACUUGUAGUUUUAAAGAAAUCUGGAUUUUGGGAAGCCUGGUAGGUGAAUAAUCAUGUCAGAUGAAGAGUGCCGCUCACCCAUUGGCCUUGACUGUUGCAGCUGUUGUUUGGACCUCGCCAAUGGAUGUGACAGCGUGGCUGGUGGCGGCAGCAACAACAACCUGGGCAGCCCGACGGUCACCCAUUUCCGGCAGCUUCGGGAUCAGCUGAUGUUCGAGAACUUGAACACGGACAAGUGGAACAACAUCAUGCGGCAGGAAUCUCUCGAGUCAGUAGUGAGGGACCCUUGCUUCCUUCUCAACGAAGGGAUCUGCAACAGCAACAUCGACCAGACCAUGCUCUCCAUCCUCUUCUACUUUCACAGUGCCUCUGGUGCAAGCGUCGUAGCCAUUGACAACAAGAUCGAACAAGCGAUGGAUCUUGUUAAGAACCAUUUGAUGUAUGCAGUAAGGGAGGAGGUGGAAAUCCUUAAAGAACAAAUCAAGGAACUGGCCGAGAAAAAUUCCCAACUGGAACGUGAAAACAGCCUGCUGAAGAACCUGGCAAGCCCAGAACAGCUAGAAAAAUUCCAGUUGCACUUGCCCUCGGACGUCCCUGCGCUAAUGGAGAACCAACAAGGAGUGACAGAAACAGAGGCAUCCCCACACACAGUUGGCUCUGCGGUAUAAGUGGCUCUGUCUUGGGGUGGGCAGAGCCACUUGACUUUCAAGAAAUUGACCUCCUUUGUGUUUUUGCACAACUGCAAAUGAGCUGGUUGUACACAUAAAACAAAAAAUAAGACCUUCCAAUGGCAUAGCCUGUUUUCUGUGUUUCAGGCAAUCUCUGAAACAAAAGCAUUGAGAGAGGUUGCAUUGGCACAGGGAAGAGGUCUGCUGGGUGCUACCUGUAUCUUAUCUCCCAAAUGUGGGAGAGGAUAUCUGAAGGGGCUGGCCGAGUGGACGGAGCCCGGACACCCGAGAGGCACAUCUUCUGCAUCACAGAAUCAUGUCAAGGAAAAAGAAAUCUCCAGAGAGACGGACCACCAUCCUUCCACGAAUGGAUGCCCUGGAAUUUAUCGUUUCUGAAGACCACUAUAGAGAAUCUGGAGCUUUCACUUCGACAUGACUGUUAUCUCUGCAACCAUCAUAUUUUUUUAUUUAAGAAAAAUAAACUCCUGAAAUAAAAUAGGAGGGGGACUAAAUAACACUGAUCCAGUCAGCUACACUGUUGAUUAUUUGCGAUAUAUAAUAACAAGUCACUUGUAUACUCUGCAGUUGGGGUCAUGCUGCUUUGGAUAUUACAAAAGAAGUCCCUUUUUAAUGAAAAUUAACUCUGUAGAAGUGUUAACUGGUGUAUAUUGAUUUGGGGAAGAAAUCUUACAAAUUUGCAUUGCACUGGAAAUGUGUACAUCAUAUAAAAAGAAGUAUUCCAAGUAGGGAUGCCACUGCACAAGGUGAACAGGAGUGUAAGGUGACAGGUGCACACGCAAUGUAAGAAUUUUUUUCUUUUUAUAUCAAAACAUUGUGUUGACUUGAACUCUUAAAGCAAAAAACAGUUGUUGACUGUUGUCUGACAAACCCACACAUUUUCAACCGAGAAACAUGUUUUAAUAGCUACCAAAGACUUGUAUAGUUUAAUUUUGAACCAACAAAGACCACAUUCUCACAGAAAAGUCUUGUUAGCAUUUGUAACCGUAACAUUUAGGAUAUUGUUGCUACUGUGCCCUUGUGACUGACUGCAGGUAUUCACUUUGUAUAAAUGCAAGAUGCACAUUGCAAUAAACAUACCUAUGUUUACACAAAA